CUAAGACAAGGAAGAAUUUGCAGCAGCCGGCGGGCCCUGGCAAAGCAACCCUUGGGUACAAGGAAGAGAGUUGAAGAAGGAAUCCGAGUGCUGAGGCUUGGCGCUCAGGCUUUGCUGGGGCUGGGCGGGGCGCAGGCGCCGGCUUUAAGAAGGGGGAGGGGACAGUGCAAUCUGGGUUACCCGUGGAGUUCCGCAAAGGAAAUCUGCUAGCUCCAGAACCAGGAGAGGCUGCACCCUGCCCAGGCGCCCAUCCCCUCCUACACCCUGGGCGGACUGAAGGGUCACGUUUGUAAUUGCUCAGGAAGGGUCCGGCUAGUCUCCGGGGGAAUGAUGCUUAGGGAGAAUGCUGCUUGCUAGGCAGCACCCCGCCGGGAUCCGACUACAAUAGCUCAGCCUGUUCCCCGAAGCAACUGCCGGACCGCCAGUUCUCCAACCAGCCAGCGCUCCCCAGGGGUCUCAUUGGAAUAGAACCAUGGGGCAUCCCCCGCUGGAGUUCAGCGACUGCUACCUGGACAGCCCGGAUUUUCGUGAGAGGCUCAAGUGUUAUGAGCAGGAGCUGGAGAGGACCAAUAAAUUCAUCAAAGACGUGAUCAAAGAUGGCAACGCACUUAUCGGCGCUAUGAGAAGUUACUCCACUGCUGUUCAGAAAUUUUCCCAGACGCUGCAGUCAUUUCAGUUUGAUUUCAUUGGAGACACACUGACUGAUGAUGAGAUUAACAUCGCUGAGUCCUUCAAGGAAUUUGCUGAGUUGCUCAAUGAAGUAGAGAACGAGAGGAUGAUGAUGGUACACAAUGCUAGUGAUUUGCUUAUCAAACCCUUGGAAAAUUUCCGGAAGGAGCAAAUAGGCUUCACCAAGGAGCGGAAAAAGAAAUUUGAAAAGGAUGGUGAGAGGUUUUAUUCUUUGCUGGAUCGGCACUUACAUCUGUCUUCCAAAAAGAAAGAAUCUCAGUUACAAGAGGCAGACCUUCAGGUGGACAAGGAGAGGCAUAAUUUCUUUGAGUCCUCUCUUGAUUAUGUUUAUCAAAUUCAGGAAGUUCAGGAGUCCAAGAAGUUCAAUAUUGUGGAACCUGUCUUGGCCUUUCUUCAUAGCCUCUUCAUUUCUAAUAGCUUGACUGUGGAGCUCACACAGGAUUUCCUUCCAUACAAACAGCAGCUCCAGCUUAGUUUGCAGAAUACAAGGAAUCAUUUCUCCAGUACCCGGGAAGAGAUGGAAGAACUUAAGAAACGGAUGAAAGAAGCUCCCCAGACAUGCAAACUUCCAGGCCAGCCUACCAUUGAAGGCUAUUUAUAUACACAAGAAAAAUGGGCUUUGGGCAUAUCCUGGGUGAAAUACUAUUGCCAGUAUGAGAAAGAGACCAAAACGCUUACCAUGACACCUAUGGAGCAGAAGCCAGGUGCUAAGCAGGGACCCCUGGACUUAACCCUGAAGUACUGUGUGAGAAGGAAGACAGAGUCUAUCGACAAGAGAUUCUGUUUUGAUAUAGAAACCAAUGAAAGGCCAGGAACCAUCACUCUGCAGGCCCUUUCAGAGGCUAACAGAAGGCUGUGGAUGGAAGCCAUGGAUGGGAAAGAACCUAUCUACCACAGCCCGAUAACAAAACAAGAAGAAAUGGAACUGAAUGAUGUAGGUUUCAAGUUUGUUAGGAAAUGCAUCAACAUUAUUGAGACCAAAGGGAUCAAGACAGAGGGGUUGUACCGCACUGUGGGCAGCAAUAUUCAGGUUCAGAAGCUGCUGAAUGCCUUUUUUGAUCCUAAAUGCCCAGGAGAUGUUGAUUUUUAUAAUAGCGACUGGGACAUUAAGACAAUUACCAGCUCUUUGAAAUUCUACCUCAGGAAUCUUUCUGAACCUGUAAUGACCUAUAAACUUCACAAAGAGCUGGUCUCUGCUGCCAAGUCUGAUAAUCUGGAUUACCGGCUGGGAGCUAUUCACUCCUUGGUAUAUAAGCUACCAGAAAAGAACCGAGAGAUGCUGGAAAUUCUCAUACGACACUUGGUCAAUGUGUGUGAGCACAGCAAAGAAAAUCUUAUGACUCCUUCCAACAUGGGGGUGAUCUUUGGUCCAACUCUGAUGAGAGCCCAGGAGGACACUGUAGCAGCCAUGAUGAAUAUCAAAUUCCAGAACAUCGUGGUGGAAAUUCUAAUCGAGCACUUUGGCAAGAUCUAUUUAGGUCCACCUGAAGAAAAUGCUGCACCCCCGGUGCCUCCGCCUAGGGUAACAGCAAGAAGGCACAAACCUAUCACUAUUUCAAAGCGCUUGAUGCGGGAAAGGACAGUUUUCUAUACUUCUUCCCUGGAUGAAAGUGAAGAUGAAAUCCAACAUCGAACACCCAAUGGUAUUAUCCCCAGCAGCAUAGAACCCCUCAAGCCUCUACAACACCCUAAAGUACCUAUUCAGAGGAGCGGGGAAGCUGAUCCUGGUAGGAAGUCGCCAAGCAGGCCUGUUUUGGAUGGCAAGUUGGAGCCCUGCCCUGAGCUGGAUGUGGGGAAGUUGGUGCCUAGGCUACAGGAUGGAGGGGCCAAGGCCACCCCAAAGGCCACCAAUGGACCUGUGUCAGGCUCUGGGCCUACGAAGACCCCCUCUUUCCACAUAAAGAGACCAGCUCCCCGGCCUCUAGUUCACCAGAAAGAUGGGGAUGCUGACAGUUUCAGCAAAGUGCGGCCUCCAGGUGAAAAGCCAACUAUUAUUCGUCCCCCAGUGAGGCCCCCAGACCCUCCCUGCCGGGCAGCUACUUCCCUGAAACCAGAACCAAAGCCAGAUAUUGUGACUGACAAUGCAGAGGAAAUCCCAUCAUCUGUGGUGGCUUCCAGGACCAGGUUUUUUGAAACAGCUUCCCGGAAAACAGGAAGUUCUCAAGGCAGACUUCCUGGAGAUGAAAGUUGAGGUCACAGGUUUUAAAAUCCUUGGCCACUGGAGACCCUUUCCAAGUUCUGAAAGGGUCUUCUGCAAACCCUUAUGUGUGGAGUCAUUUUGUGCUGAAGAACAGCUCCUUCUUGGCCCUGCAUCUUCAGGCUCUGGAAGGCUAUAAAAUAAGGGGCACAUGUCUUAGAUACAUGUUUAUUUCUCCUUUGUAUUCUGUCCUUAUCCCCUCAGAAGACCUAUUUUGAGAUUCUGUACUGUGAAUGGCUAGAUUCCCUCAAGCCUGACUCUGCCAAAGUCACCUUCCAUUUAUCUGAGUUGAAGAGAGGGGUCCAGUUUUCAACUCUCUCAGAACUUUCUGCUUCCUCAAAAGGCCAUUGAACUCUUCAGGAUUUGGGGUUAAAGACUGAUCCCAGGGAUCUGUCCAUGAACUAAAGGCCACUUGAAUCAGAGCCAUUGCUUAUCUUUGUUGGCAGGGAUGAGGAAUGUUUGCCAAACAUUGGAGAAUCUAAUCAUGUUUCAUACUGAAGAUACAGACACUGGUGCCAGAGUAGCAUUCUGGUACUGUAGUAUGUUUCUAAGAGCUUGUCUGUUCCUGUGGGGUCAGACAGCAUGGGUGGCAGCCCUUACAACCCCUGUAUGUGAAUUUAGGUUGGUGGCUUACCUGCUCUUGCUUAGGACAAAUCUGCAAAGCAUGUUUUCCAUGUCAAGCCUAGGUCUUUUGGGGUUAUUAUUUCUUUUGUUUUCUCUUGACAGCUUCCUUUCCAAUCAAUCAAGAAAAAAACCUUUACAAAAGGCAGACUGUUUUUGUCAUGUAGGAACUCCAUUUUAGGUCAAAUGCUAGAAAAAUCGUUGAAGUGAAUUGAGGCUAGGCAGCUGUCAUUGUUGCUUCAUGUUUACCUUCUCAUAUAAGGUCUUUUUAGCUCCUGAGUAAAUCAGUUCUUAAUCCAAUGUGUAUGGGUUCAGGAACUCCAUGAUGCCCCUGAGAUGGUAUGUGGCAUUCCAUAACAUGUCUUUUCUGAGGAGAUGGUUCAUAAUAUUGUAUUGAAUUUCAAAUAGGUUUGUGACCUAAUAUAGAUUAAGAACCACAAUCCUUGAGAUAAAAGACAUAUUUUACAACCUGUAAAGUAUGGAAAGGCUUUUUAAAAUCAUUAAGUAUAACUAACUAGUUUACAGUUGCUGAAACUGAGGCAGAGCACUGAGGUUAGUGACCACACCAGGACAAGAUCUCAAGUCCCUGGGCUCCUAUGCAAAGUUCUCGCCAUUACUCUAAACUUAACCCAGCAAGUAGCCUUAAGAUUAGUAGCUUUAGUGGCUAUUAUUUUUGGCUUUUGGCUUUUGGCUUUUAUUCUUUCUUGAGCUCUCAUAUUUGUGACCAAGUGGAAAACUUCAAGAUAUAAGCCCCCAGUCUCCUUCAUUCACUGUCUCAAUCAUUAGAAAGGAACUAAAACAAAGUUGAUGUAGUGAGGAACAGACAUUUCUGAUUCCUCUUUGUUGAAGGGAAGCUGAUAGAAUAUCAAUGCUUGUGUUUCUAUGCAUAUGCCUGGGCCACUGUUUGCAUUUAGGCUCUCUUUAAUUAUAAUGUGGUGCAGUAUGAGAAAAAGGCUUUCUUACCUGUACUCUUCUAGCAAGUCCUUGCUAGGGAAUUGAUUGUAGUACUGAGAAAGAAACACAGAUAUGGAGAUAAAGAGCACAAGUGUGCAUACACAUGUGCCCAAGGCAACUCUUGAGAUGCCUACUAGAAGGCAGUAGUCCCUUUCAAGAGCGAACUCCCCUAUGUGGUUUACUGCUGAGUAGGAACAUGUGGGGCAAACAUACAGAAAGCCUUUUUGCUAUUCUAAAUCAAGGGAUGCCCAGAUGGCCUCUCCACUCUGCCCAGGUUCAAAGACCAUUUUACUAGAAGCCAGGAGCAAGAGAGACAAGUGACCAUCAUUUUACUUGCUGCUCACCCUAGAGGAAGACUCUGACAGGCCUCCUGUCCUCCCCUAGGGAAGUGCUUAUUGAACCCUGGGCUCAGAGCUAUGGCCUUCCUGCUCUGUCCUAUUGUAUGACUGACUAAAGCAGGCAGGUGUUCAUAUAUGGGCCACAGAAGCAAUGACCAAUGGGGCCUCAGUACCUUUUAAGAUGGUAGAGACGUGAUUUGACUCUAGUUUUCUGGGGUAAAGAUACCACAAUCACCAAUACUGGAAGAUAACCAAGAGAUGCAAAAAGCUGCUGUGAUCCCAGUGGGAGAGAUAUCCCAGAAGUAUGGCCAUGAAACCACUGUGUGUUGUCUAUGACACAGAUCAAGAGCCUAGCCUGGAGAGUUAGGAUUACCAGUCUGGAUAGAGGGCAGGGAGUAGUGGUAUACCUGUGAUAUACCUAAAGAAUGAACCUCACUAUCUUCUUUUGGUGCUCUGAUUUAAAGAGCAAAAGAUUUUGUGGUGAGGCACACUAUUAUGGAAUGAGACUGGUUUGGACUAGGAUUAAUGAAUGGGUAGUCAUUUAGAAGAGGCUAUGGGAAGAGAGUGGUAAUGGGAGAAUGACAACUACAGGAAAUGAUCAGUGUAUCCUGGUUGGCAAGUUAGAAAAAAACUGGCAAUGGAUGAAAGUCUUAAACUGGCACUGCUAGCUAAGGAAGCUAACAUUAAGCACAUACUAAUUGCUUGACACAUAUUAUCUCAUUUUGCCCUUAUUACAAUUAUGGAAGUUUUCUCAUUUUACAGAGAAAGGAAUUAUGAUCCAGAGUGCCAAAGUAACCAGCUUGAGGGCACAUAGAAAGUAAAUAUCUGAACUGUGAUUUGAAUCCAGGAUGCUUUGACUCUGUACCCCAUGCUGUUUUCCCCUUGCCAUACUGAGUACGUGUUUUGUUUUGUUUUGUUUUGUUUUGAGACAGAGUCUUAGUAUGUUGCCCUCAGUAGAGUGCUAUAGCAUCACAGCUCACAGCAAUCUCAAACUCUUGGGCUUACAGCAAUUCUCUUGCCUCAGCCUCACAAGUAGCUGGAACUAUAGGUGCCUGCCACAAGGCCUGGCAAUUUUUUGUUGUUGUAGUUGUCAUUGUUGUUUAGCAGGCCGUGGCUGGGUUUGAACCUGCCAGCCCUGGUGUAUGUGGCUGGCGCCCUAACCACUGAGGUAUGGGCACCUAGCCCUGCAUAGGUAUUUGAACAGAGGCACAUUACUAGAGCUGGCAUGACUUUUGACUUUUGCCUGUCUAACAAAAUAUUAAAAGGCAAACGUUUGAUGAGGGAAGGGCAUGCAGAUCCACUUUACAGGGGAAUGAAAACUGGACUGGAAAAUUCCUGAGUUAGGCCUCCUCUUCAUCAGCUUGCCAUUUGGUAAUGUUUUUAAAAGAAUCAUCUAGUUCUAAAUUGUGAAGUAUUUGAUUUUUAGUUGGUAGCUUUUAAGUCCUCGGCUUAGCCAUUCCUCAAAGGGAAAAAAUCUCCCAUAUGUGUCUCUGUAUUUUGCUAAGUUGUAGCAUGUGUAUUUUGAGCUGAAGAGACUGAUGACAUAUACACAUGCAGUUCCAGAAGUAGCAAAGGUCUCAGUGCCUCUGCAGUACUUGAUGCCUUGGGGUCAAAACCCUACAUAGUUUUUUCUGUGGUUAUAGCAAAAUUCAAGAAAUGGUUUAUAAAAAUAAAUAUUGUUGAAUUCCCAUUUUUCAAGUUUUUGUUUGAAAAAAUGGUUGGGAGGUGUUCAGCUAUCGAGGACAAAAACUCGGCAUCCAUUUUUAAUAGUAAAGUAGUGUCCUGCAGAGUAUUUCUAAAAUAAUUGAAUAUCAUGGGAAAGUAUUAUUCUCUUUUCAAGAAGUUCUUUAAUUCUGUAAUAAGUAGAACAAAGAAAAUAUCAAGUAAAUAGUUAUGUGACUAGGAAUUACUUUUAAAGUAGCUGCAGACAAGUGGCCUUGAAACAUUACAAGCCCAGAAAAUGCUUCAUAAAUAAUAAAUUUCAGAGGGAAACAAGAUACCUUAAAGGUUGUUAAAGAUACGUUUUUGACAGAGAGUCUUUAUUUUCAUGGGGAAAUGUAGUACUUAAUGCCCAGGACAUUACUUGAGGGCUAGAAAGAGUGCCUGUGUAAAAUGUAUGUGUUACAACUAAUAAAAGAAUGAGAUCCUGGGGCCCAUUCAUGUGACUUUCAAUAAAGUAUACAGACUGUCUAG